AUGGAAGAUGAGCACCAAGAGAGAGUUUCUCAAGCCAAUAUAGACGAUGGAACAACAAGGGUUUUCCCUUGUUUGUUCUGUUCAAGAAAGUUUUAUAGUUCUCAAGCCUUAGGAGGCCAUCAAAAUGCUCACAAGAAAGAAAGGACUGCUGCAAGAAAGGCUAAACGGGCAUCCGAAUAUGGACCAACCAGCAGCUUCUCAUCUUGUCCCACAUUACCAAUGGUUUAUGCACCAGCAAGCCACCAUUUAGGCUUUUUACACCCUCCAAUGUAUAUAACAGCUCAUGCUGCCAACUUCCGCUAUUUCCCGGAUCACCAUUUAUCGAACAGGUUCGGAUCCAAUGGUGCUGCCAGGUUUGAUAAUAAUGUGGAUAUGUUGUUCUAUGGUGGGAGUAGCAAUGGAUAUCACCACCAUCAAUUUGAAGAAGACAAGCAACUUUACUUGAAUUGGCGGAGGAGCAUAGGAUGCAAUGGAGGCUUGACUCAAGAGCUAGCGACGGCGGAGGAUAACAAUCAAGGGAUUGAAAGUGCUGAUCGUAAGGACAAAGAUCAAAAGCUUGACCUAUCUCUUCAUUUAUGAAGAAGAGAGAAUGAUGGCGAAAGUUUUGCUAGAAGUAAUUACUGUUUUGGCUUUAAUUCUACAUGUUUUACAAUAAAAAGAUAUCACUUCAUUCAUUAAUCUUUUGCACAUGGUGUGAAUGAUCUAUAACUAACAUUUUGAAUCAUCAAAGAUUUUCAUUUUCAUUUAUGAUGAUCACAUCCAAAUCCCAAAUCUGCCAAAUACCAUUGAUUAAGACAAGGCGAGACGAAUCCUAAGAUCUAAGAUGCGCGAAGGGCAACUAUAUUUUAAAAAUCCAUCUGGAAAAGUAGUUAGUAGGCCCAGCUGUACC